AUGAGUCGUAUUGAAUUUUUUAAGGUCGCAUAUUCAAAAAAAGAUGAUCGACCAGUUAAUGAUGUUGUUGCACAAGUCUUGUCAGACGUGGAUGAACUUGUGUCACAAAUGCCAGAGUCUUCUAUACAAUCUUCAUCUGCACUAGAUGAAGUUUUCACUCAAGUCAUGGGACCGGAGCGACCUGGACGUGUUAGAACAUAUGGUUUUGGACCAUCUCUGAGAGAUGUGUUUGGACAUAAAAAAUCAGAAGAAAUGCAAGCAAUGCAGUCCCAACUAGAUGAGCAAUUGAGUAGACAUAAGGCAGAGAUGGAGGCAAAGCAAUUAGAGAUGGAGGCUCAACAGGCACAAAUGGAGAAGCAAAUGAAUCAGAUGGAAGCUAAGUUUGAGGCUCAACAAAGACAGUUUGAGGUUUUUCUCGUUCAAAUGCGUGCAAUGGGUAUGCCUAUUCUCAAACUAGCUCGCAAAAACACAAAUCCACUUCAGUGCGAGACACACAGUUUCGAAGUCAUUCUAGAGCAUCUUCAUUUGGUCAGGUUCAUCGACAAAGGAGAGCGAAAUUCCCACCCAAGUGACUCUCCCUCUUAAGCCUAAGGUUCAGGAUUAUGCUGCUGGAAAAGAGGAGUGUUAUUGUAUUAUCCAGUGGGGGAGGUUAAAUGGAGAGAUGUUUUUUUAUGGAUUGGAGGAUGUAGUUGAAAAGCUUGUUUUUGGAGGAUGUUCUUGAAGCUUAUUUUGGUUUGGAAUUUUUUUUAUUUUGUUGUUUUCUUGUUUGAAUUUUUUGAGCAGAUUUUUUUGGAAAUUUUGAGCAGACUGUUUAUAGGGAAGCAAAUUGUAUGGCA